AUGAAUGGGUAUUUGAACGAAUCCAACUUCAUGAUGGUGGAGGAAGGCUUCACCACCAGAGACCUCCUGGAGAACCUCCUGGUGGAGCUGUGCCAAGCGGUAAGGAGCGACCAGCAAGCCUUCUUUGUGGCAGACCUUGGGGACAUUGUGAAGAAACAUCUGCGUUUCCUGAAGGCCUUGCCCCGUGUGAAGCCCUACUUCCCCGUUAAGUGCAACUGCAGCGAAGGAGUGAUUCGGCUGCUGGCUGAGCUGGAGGCAGGCUUUGCCUGUACCAACAAGGCGGAGAUUGCGCGGGUUCAGAGCAUCGGGGUCCCAGGUGACAAGAUCUUCUACAGCAGCCCCUGCAAGCAGGUUGCCCACAUCAAAUACGCGGCGAGCCACGGUGUGCGGCUGCUGAACUUCGACAACGAAGUGGAGCUGAGCAAGGUGGCCAGGAGCCACCCUGGAGCGGGGCUGCUGUUGGGGGUCACCGCGGACUCCAUCCCCUCUGCCCAUCCAAGUGCGACGUUUGGGACCACGCUCAAGUCCUGCCGGCUCCUGCUAGAGGCAGCGAAGGAGCAGGCUGUAGAGGUUGUUGGCGUCAGCUUUCACCUUGGGAGCCAUGGUCUGGAGCCCCAGGCCUUCGCUCAGUCUGUGGCUGCAGCACAGCUGGCCUUUGAGAUGGGCACAGAGCUGGGCUACCAGAUGCACCUCUUGGACAUCGGCGGGGGGGUCCCCGGGACCGAGGACACCAGAGCCCGGUUCGAAGAGAUCGCUGCUGCGAUAAACUCUGCCUUGGACUUGUAUUUCCCAGACGGCUGCGGGGUGGAGAUCAUUGCGACGCCCGGGCGAUACUACGUCACCUCCGCCUUCACCUUCGCUGCCAGCAUCACUGCCAGGGAAGAGGUUCCUGCAGAGCAGCCUGGCUCCGAUGAGGAAGAGUCUGGCAGCAAGAAGACCCUUGUGUAUCACCUCAGCGAUGGCAUCUACGGUGCCUUCAGCUGCCUCCUGUUCGACGGCCCCUGCCCCAGACCUCGGCUGCACAAGAGACCCAGCCCAGAGCACCCUUCACACAGCAGCAGCCUCCGCGGCCCCCCGGGACGCGAGGAGGAUCGCAUUGCUGACGGCCUGGAGCUGCCCGAGCUGCAGGUCGGGGAGUGGCUGAUUUUUGAGGACAUGGGUGCCUACACCAUUGCAGCCUCGUCCUCUCUUGGGGGCUGUCCCCAGCCACACAUCACCUACGCCAUGUCCCGUGUGGCCUGGUAA